ACAUCCCUAGCACAUUCCUGGGCUUUAGUGGGCUGCCAGCAUCUGAUUAGAAGCAUACAGUAUCCAAGGGGCUGUGAGUGGCUGAGCUGCUCUACGCAGGAGGAGGAGGAGGAGGAGGAGGACUGGGAGCUGCAAGGCUUCACACUACUGACAGCCCCAGACCCCAGCAGAGGACAACAUUUCCAGAGCUCCCAGUGGCUGCAGUGACUGGUGGAAAUAUGCCCUUACUUUGAGAGCUGAUUUCGGGGAGAUCCUCUGUCAUUGGUCCGUAGUAUAUUUAAUGAUACUGACAUUGUGAGGCAGGCCUCCAAACAUGUCUACUGAUGUAGAAUCCUGCACCAGCACUUCAACUGAUGUGGCUCCAGCCGCCAAACCAGCGACAAAGAAGGAAAAGAAAAAAGGUCCGGAGAAGACAGAUGAAUUCCUUCUGGCCAGAUUUAAAGGGGAUGGAGUACGAUAUAAAGCCAAAUUAAUUGGAAUUGAUGAUGUGCCGGAAGCACGUGGCGAUAAAAUGAGUCAGGACUCCAUGAUGAAGCUGAAGGGCAUGGCAGCCGCAGCUCGAUCUCAGGGACAACACAAGCAGCGGAUCUGGGUGAACAUUUCACUUGCGGGCAUAAAAAUAAUUGACGAGAAAACCGGGGUAAUCGAGCAUGAACAUCCCGUUAAUAAGAUUUCUUUCAUCGCCCGAGAUGUGACUGACAACCGAGCGUUCGGCUACGUCUGCGGAGCUGAAGGACAGCAUCAGUUCUUCGCCAUAAAAACGGCGCAGCAGGCUGAACCUCUGGUUGUGGAUCUGAAAGAUUUAUUCCAGGUCAUCUAUAACACAAAGAAAAAGGAAGAUGAAGACAAGAAGAAGAAUGAAGAAGGUAACCAGCCAGUAGAGAAUGGAAGUGAUGCUUUGCUUAGCAUUAACAACGAUGUCGACAAAAUGAAACUAGGUGUUGACCAGAUGAAUUUAUUUGGUGAUAUGUCCACACCGCCAGAUCUCAACAGUCCGACCCCAACUUCUGAUGACAUAUUUGGGUCAGACAUAUUUACUUCAAAUUCAGGAGCUAACCCUGAGCCGGCCUCAUCGGUCACUGUUCCAGCCCCAACGAGUUCAGUACAACCUAAUCCUCUGGAUCUCUUCAGUAAAACCAGUUUGUCCACUGUUCCAGCUAUUGGAGGUCCUGGUUCUCUGCCAAUGAAUUCACUUCAGCAGUGGAAUCCACAGCCCUUGCUCUAUAGCCAACCACCAGCUACAAUUCCCAAUCCGGCACUGGCUGCACAAAAUAGCUUCAAUCCAUCAAAUGUUUUCUCGUCUCCAUCAGCGAUGGUGUCCUGGAGUCAGCCGACACAGUUUGUAGUACCCCCACCCGUGCAAAACCCCCCAGUGUGGAAUCAACCAGUACCUGCAUGGCCCCAACAGUCAACGAACCCAUUCCAAAUAAACAUGUUUCCAGCUAGACCACCAACUUUACUCAACUCAACCCUGGGAUUAAUCCAGUCAGGUCCUGGUUUAGCAAGUCCCCCACAGCUACCACCAAGACCGGCACCAGUGAAGGAAGAUCCAAAGAAGGAAAGUGAUGCUUUUACUGCUCUUGAUCCAUUGGGAGAGAAGGAAAAGAAGAAUGUGAAAGAUAUGUUCAAAGACUAUCAGUUGGCUAAGCCUCCUGCUGUGCCAGCGAGGCGCGGGGAGCAGCAGAAUAACUCUAUCAGCACCUCCGGAGCUUUUUCCAAUUAUUUUAACAGUAAAGUUGGAAUUCCACAAGAAAGCGCGGACCACGAUGAUUUUGACAUUAGUCAGCUGUCUUCUAAUUUGAAUGAGCCACCAAAGCCAGUCCCGCGGGCGCACCCACUGCCAGUAUCCAAACCUACAGAAGGGCUGUUUGAAACCCCCUUUGGAUCAGCCUCAUUUGGCUCAUCUUUCCAAAACUCAAACUCCACGGCACAUGCGAUAAAAGCUGCUGAUCCAUUCGGGGACCCAUUCGGAAAUCCAUUUGCUUAGGAAUAAUCUUUUUACGGUUCCUCUGUGGACAGAGCAGAACUGACAGGAGCAGGGGAUCCUUUCAUCUAUGUCAGUGGCAAUUGUCGCCCCCUUCUGACCGCUGAUUAUUUUUACACAUUGUCUUCUUAUCGGGGCAAAACCAAAUAUCAUCCGCGGCGCUCCCAACUGCACAUCCUCCACGUCAAUGCAAGCAGUCCUCCACAAGGCCAUCUAUCUCAGCAGGAUCCACCCCCCCCCCCCCCCCUUCCUCCUCCCCCUUUGUUAAUUUUUUAUUUUGCAGGUCAUGAUAAUUCAGCCUUUUGUCUUCCUGUAUGGGUGACCACCACCAGUUACACACAUGUACAGAUGUAUCAGGCUCCGUUCACACCAGCGUCCUGCUAUUCCAGGCUAGUGUGCCAAGUUAGAAACUCGGCUCUGCUAUAUCUACACAUGUACUAGAGAAGGAAGCUUACAGAAUCAUAGGGAUAUUAAAAGGAAUGUAUGAGAUUAGAAAUAAAAAAGGUUCUGCUUUUUUUUCCCCCAGAUACAGCACCACUCGAUGGUUGGAUCUGGCAUUACAACUCAGCUCUUUCCGACUGGGUGGUGCUUAGCAGAAAUACCAGACACCGCCAUGUACAAAACCUGUCCCUGCUUUCUAAUUCCAGACAACCCCCUUAAUGAAUUUGGCAUCUCAUUAACAUAAGUAAAUAAAAAACAAAUCACAUUGCUGGAGUCACAACGGUGUCCCGGUUGCUGUUGCUCCUGGUGGGUGGAGUCUUGUAAACUGUACUCACUAAACAAAAAUCUUAUUGGUCGAUUAAUACCAAAGGGAGCACUCAAUAUCCAUUGCAAAACAUAUCCAUCAUGUGUCCAGUAAAAACAGAUCCCAAGGCACCAGUGUGACCAGUAUAUAAAUGGGAAUAGUAGUUCUCAUAAUAGAGCAGAGCUGCAGCUGGAAAUUCCAUCUCCAUCAGCAGGACACAAGUGGUAUUAAUGGCACCCAUAUGAGUGUAGACAGCAGGGGGGCAACUACAGAUACUUAAAUCCCAUAAUAGAAGGUUUAACGUUCCUCCAGGGUGGAGCUAAGCUCUUAUGUACACACCCAUGACUAUGUGAGAAGAAGCAGCUGACGAUUAACUGCUGGCGUUAUCUGUGCAAAUUAAAGCAUGGAAGUUAGUGGUUGUCAUUAAUGGGUGCUACUUACUGGCUUGCACCUACCUGGAGAACAGACCGAGAUAGUUUGGGUUUGGGGGUUAUCACAACUGCACCUACAAAGCCAAGUUCCUUCUUCAAGCCACUAGAGGGCACUGAGAAACACAUGAGAAUAUCUGUGUCACCCAUGCUUUACACAAUGGGGAGUUUUCCCAGCAUGCUUCAUGGUCGGAAACUGUAAAUGGUCAUUGCCUAAACUUCCCAACACAAAGCAGAAAAAAAUACUAGUAAAAGGCAGUAUUCUCCUAUAAUCCGACAUCCAUAGGAACCUGAUGAAUCUCAGAUUAUCAGAUGAAUAUAAAACUCACUUGAUGAAGGGUAUAUAUUGAUGGUCUCUGAAAUCCAUGCUGGAUUAUCAUGUUUUCUGGAUUAUCAGGUUUCCUAUAUAAAGGAAUUUCACUGUUUAUUGAAACUUUAUGAUGUUCUCAUCACUAUGAGCAAAGUAAUUAAAGUGCAUUUGCCAGCAGGAUCAACCCUAUUAAACCAGCCGUAAUGCCUGGUAGGGCUGACCCUGCUGAUUAAGACAAUA